UAAACGUAUAUUUCAAGCAUCCGUAUGCUUUGAUAAACAAAUUCAUUCUGGGAAAAAAAACUUUGUUUUUAAGUCGCAGACAGAGACCAAACUCUGCAAACAGACAGAGUUGACAUAGUUGCUGACUUUUAAGGAAAAGGAAAGAAACAUGAGUUGCUUUUGCUGUUGUGAAGAAGAUGACACACAUAAAGCUUCUAAAACCGGACCAUUCAUGGCGAAUAACCCUGCAAGCAAUGUUGGAGGAUAUGGAUAUCAAGAAAGGGCAGCAGCUGUCACAAGGGAUCCACAGCCUCCUGUUAUAAUUCAACCGAUUACCAUCCCUGCCUUGUCGGUCGAUGAGCUAAAGGAAAUGACCAAUAAUUUCGGUAACAAAUCGUUAAUCGGAGAGGGGUCUUAUGGAAGCGUAUACUAUGGCGUUCUAAAGAGUGGGAAGGCUGCUGCCAUCAAAAAGUUGGACUCCAGCAAGCAACCAGAACAAGAAUUUCUAGCGCAGGUCUCCAUGGUAUCGAGAUUGAAACACGAGAACGUUGUUGAGCUUCUUGGUUACUGCUUCGAUGGAUCCCACCGUUUCUUGGCAUAUGAGUAUGCUCCUAAUGGAUCUCUCCAUGAUGUGCUUCACGGGAAGAAAGGUGUGAAAGGAGCACAGCCAGGUCCUGUUCUGUCAUGGACACAGAGAGUUAAAAUUGCAGUUGAGGCAGCAAAAGGCCUUGAAUACUUGCACGAAAAGACACGUCCUCGUGUAGUCCACCGUGAUAUUAAGUCCUGCAAUCUACUUCUUUUCGAAGAUGAUGUUGCCAAGAUUGCUGAUUUCGAUUUGUCGAAUCAAGCCCCUGAUGCGACCGCUCGUCUCCAUUCCACACGCGUUCUUGGAACCUUUGGUUAUCAUGCUCCAGAAUUUGCAAUGACGGGAACGCUUACUUCGAAGAGCGACGUCUACAGCUUUGGCGUUAUCCUUCUGGAGCUCUUAACCGGACGUAAACCAGUCGAUCAUACGCUGCCACGCGGACAGCAGAGUCUCGUGACAUGGGCAACCCCGAAACUAAGUGAAGACAAGGUGAAGCAGUGCGUUGAUGGAAGACUAAACGGACAAUACCCUCCCAAAGCACUUGCAAAGCUGGCCGCUGUUGCUGCAUUGUGCGUUCAAUUCGAAGCCGAUUUUCGACCUAAUAUGAGCAUCGUAGUGAAAGCUCUUCAGCCUCUGUUGAACACAAGUCGCCCCACAACUUCCCAUGCCCAAAGUGAAAUGCGGCGUUUGUGAUAAAAGACGAGAUUUUGUAUCGAGACUGGUCGAUGUCGAAAAAAUGUCAUUAUGAUUGGUUUUGUAGAUAGGUGCUGUGCAGAAUCUGUAGGGAAUGUCAUAGUAAUGAAGUGCAGGCCAAAAAGUGUGUUUAACGUAUUGUCUGUCUCUAUUUCUACAUUGGAUCUUCCUUUAAUUCCAAAGCAUAAGAUUGUGACAA